AUGGACAUCGCGAUGCCGACCGUCGAUGGCAUUGAGGCCGCUUCGCAAAUCACAGCAGCCCACGUUGCACCCGUGGUGAUGCUGACUGCGUUCUCACAACGUGCGCUCAUCGAGCGUGCCAGCGCCGCCGGUGCGAUGGCAUACCUGGUCAAGCCGUUCGUACUCGCCGACCUGAUCCCCGCGAUCGAGCUAGCUCGCAGUCGGUUCGCCGAAUUGACCGACCUUCAUUCUCAAGUCGACGAGCUUUCAGAGCAAUUGGCCACGCGCAAACUGGUGGAGCGCGCGAAAUCGAUUCUUCAGCAGGCGCACGGGUUGAGCGAACCGGAUGCUUUUAGCUGGAUUCAGCGUGCCGCAAUGGACAAAAGAAUGAGUAUGAAGGCUGUCGCAGGAAUUGUGAUCGCUGAAGCCGACCGGGCCGAUGGGUAG